GUGGGAACGCGUCGGUUGAGCUCAUAACAAUUCGGCGUUGACAUCGGCGUUCGCAACGCCGAACCAGACGCCGAAUGCAUAUUCAGAGUCCACAAGCGUCUUGGAAUCUACAAGCUGGGAUAUGCCGAGUGGCUUUCCACCCAGAAGGAUUCAUUGCGCCAAGUCUAGCACAAACUCAUUGCAUCAUGGCAGGGGAAUCGAGAUAUCAGGAGUCCCUCCAUGUGAGAACCACAGACGCAGUCAGGAUAUUCUCACCUGGCUGCUCUACUCGUAGCAGCUUGACAAGCGUGGUAGGAAAUGGCCAAUUCAAUAUGGGAGCAGAAGAUCGCGCCGGGCGUGGAAACAUAUGUCUGCCGGCCGGCUGAUCCCGCGGUCAGGGGGGCCAGGGACUUUCCCGUCACUGGCUGUGACCAGGCCAUGCCCAAGAUACACGCGCGAAUAGCCAUAUACUACAAGCUGGCCGAAUCGUCCGAGGAAUCACGCAGGAAUAUCGUCACGUCGCUCAAGACGGGCUUGGAAAACCUCGCCUCCCAAGUACCAUGCCUCACCGCAACCGCUGCUGUAGACCCUGUGUCCAAGCGCGGCACCCUCAGAACAAUGGGCGACGACGAUGGAGUUCUCUUCCUGGUCACCGGCUCGACGACCGUCCGCUCCGAUCUUCCAUCCUAUGCAGAGCUGGAGCGCGAACGAUUUGGGCCUUGGAAGCUUCCCAAAGGCGCCACGUAUCCGGAGGGUCUGAUCAAUCCCCUGACGUCGAUCGAGGGCCACCAGAGCGGGUUGCCGGGGUGUAUCUUCCAACUCAACUUCAUCGACGGCGGCGUGAUCCUCACUGCUUGCUUCCAUCAUUAUGUCGCCGAUGGACCUAGUGUCAACAACAUAUUCCACGCUUGGGGCGCGCAUUGUCGAGGACUCCCCUGCGUUGACUUGUUCACCGAUCGCACCAUCCUCAUCAAUCCCGAGCCGGCUCCUCAGUCCGAGGUGCCGGAACUAGAGCGACGAAUGACGGCUCAUGGCUGCAUGGUGGAUUCCACAAAGGCAGACCCCAACAACCCUUGGUCCAACGUGUUGGGACCGCCGGUCAAGACCGCCAUCGCCAGCUUUCCCCGCGACAAGGUCGCCGCUCUGAAAGACGAAGUUGCAGCAAAGAGGUUCGCUCGGGUGUCGACCCACGAUUGCUUCCAGGCCAUCUUAUGGUGGGGACUGGUGCGUGCCAAAAGCGUCUUGGGGCAAGAUGAAGGGGUCGAGACCUCUACGUCCCUAUUUCCCGUCAGCUUCCGGUCCAACUACAACCCUGAGUUUCCGAAGAACUACAUCGGCAAUGGCACGCUCUUCAAUGGCGCAAAGCUCCCCAUUGCGACGCUCAAGUCUUCAGAAGGACUCCUUGAUGCGGCUGUGGCGCUGCGAAACGUGAUCCAGAAUGUGGACGCGACCUUUGUCAAAGACGCCAAGGCUUGGCUCAGCAGCAUUGAGGAGCCGGCGACGCGAACGUGGAUGACUAGUCCGCCGCGCAAGAUGGACGCUGCCGUCACGAGUUGGGCUUGUCUCGACUACCACACAUGGGACAUUGGAUUUGGGCCGGCGACCUGCAUACGCCCGCCCGUCUCGCCGAUACCGUUCUUGUUCCCUAUGCCCGGUAGGACAGACAAUGACGGCGAUGAGAUAUUGGAGGCUGGCAUUGCUGUUGACGAGAAGGUGCACGAGAUGUUGAUGCAGGAUGCGGAAUUUGCUCAGUAUGUCAAGGACUACUAUCUCCAACCCUAGCCCGCAUUAGCUGUCAUCAUACUGCGCAUUGUAGUUCUUCCAUCGUGGCAUGGACUUGGAAUCCUACCUAUGCAGACGGGUAGCAUAGGUAGACAGGCACAUAGACUCAUUUAGCGACUCGUUUCCUCCCUCCGAGGGAACUGCGCAUAAUUCUGGUCUGGUCGACUGCAGGUCCUUGAAUCAAUAAUCAUGACAAUGGGUCAUUGCGGGCGUGCGGUGCAGCCUUCCACGAUGGCGUGCCAGGCUAAAAGUUAACGUUGCCCCGUAGUGCUUCCACUUGU